AUGACGUCAGCUCCCAGGUCGUGGAGCAGUGAAACAAACAUGGCGACAGAAUGGAGCGGGCAGCAGGGUUACGUUCUCACUGUCAUUAUCUGCCUGUGGAGCGCGGUCGGUGGCCGGACGGAGACGGUGGCGGCGGCGGCGGGGGGGUCCGGCGGCGGCGGGAGCCAGCUGCUCGGCAUGCGGCUGGAGAGGAGCGACAAGCCCGCCAGCACCAAUGACGACGGUGUCAUCCAGGUGACUGAGGAGAGCUCCGUGCAGCUCCGGUUUUACGGGGUGCAGCUCCACUCGGGCACCUGGACGCAGAUCCGCUUCACGGAGCUCACGGGCGGCGGCGGGGACGAGGCUGAGGAAGAGGAGGAGGCGGCGGCGGCGGCGGCGGCCAGGGGCGGCAGCGGCACGACGGACGCGCCGCACAGGACUUGCGCCGAUUUCACGAAGGACAUCAGCGUCGGGACCUUCAUGAACGUCAGCGCUCGCGGCACGUCGGGGCUGCUCGCCCUGCACAUUAAGCCGCUCCGCAAGAGCGAGCUCCAGAAGGAGUAUGCCCUGUGCACGCUGACCGCGGACGGGAGCGGGUGGGUGCUGCUGGGGGACAGUGACGGCAGGUUGCUGGUGGUGGAGGAGAAGAAGUCCCUGCUGCCCAUGUGGCUGCAGGUCAUCCUCAUCUCCUGCCUGCUGGUGCUCUCCGGGAUGUUCAGCGGUCUGAACCUGGGGCUGAUGGCGCUGGACCCCAUGGAGCUGCGCAUUGUCCAGAGCUGCGGCACCGACAAGGAGAAGAAGUACGCCCGAAAAAUCGAGCCCAUCCGCAGAAAAGGGAACUAUCUGCUCUGCUCACUUCUCCUGGGAAACGUCUUGGUGAACACCACCCUCACCAUCCUCCUCGACGACCUCAUCGGAUCAGGUCUGGGCGCGGUGGUGGCCUCCACCAUUGGGAUCGUCAUCUUUGGUGAGAUCGUUCCCCAGGCGCUGUGCUCCCGCCACGGGCUGGCCGUGGGCGCCAACACCAUCCUGGUAACCAAGUUCUUCAUGUUCCUCACCUUCCCGGUGUCCUUCCCCGUCAGCAAGCUGCUGGACGUCCUGCUGGGCCAGGAGAUCGGCACCGUCUACAACAGGGAGAAGCUGGUGGAGAUGCUGAAAGUGACGGAGCCCUACAACGACCUGGUUAAGGAGGAGAUGAACAUGAUCCAGGGCGCCCUGGAGCUCAGGACCAAAACUGUGGAGGACGUGAUGACGCCCCUGGGAAACUGCUUCAUGAUCCAGGCGGACGCCGUGCUGGACUUCAACACCAUGUCGGAGAUCAUGGAGAGCGGAUACACUCGUAUACCGGUGUACGACGACGAGAGGUCCAACAUCAUGGACAUCCUGUACGUGAAGGACCUGGCGUUUGUGGAUCCGGACGACUGCACCACCCUGAAGACCAUCACCAAGUUCUACAACCACCCUGUGCACUUUGUGUUUCAUGACACGAAGCUGGACGCCAUGCUGGAGGAGUUCAAGAAAGGUAAAUCCCACCUGGCCAUCGUCCAGAAGGUGAACAACGAGGGGGAGGGAGAUCCUUUCUACGAAGUGCUGGGACUGGUCACCCUAGAGGACGUCAUCGAGGAGAUCAUUAAGUCGGAGAUCCUGGACGAAUCUGACCUUUACACCGAUAACAGAAACAGGAAAAAGGUGGAUCCCAGCAAAAACAAGCGUGACUUCUCCGCCUUCAAGCACGACGCCGACAGUAAGGUGAAGAUCUCUCCUCAGCUCAUGCUGGCGGCUCAUCGUUUCCUGGCCACAGAGGUGAGUCUGUUCAGCCCCUUCCUGAUCACAGAGAAAGUCUUGCUGAGAAUCCUCAGGCACCCGGACGUCAUCCAGGAAAUCAAGUUCAACGAAAAUGACAAGCGCUCACCGCAGCACUUCCUCUACCAGCGGGGUAAACCGGUCGACUACUUCAUACUCAUUCUGCAGGGCCGAGUGGAGGUGGAAGCCGGAAACGAAAACAUGAAGUUUGAAACUGGCCCGUUCUCCUAUUAUGGAGUCAUGGCUAUAAGUACGCCAUCACUGGCCGUCACCCCUCCUCUCUCCCCAUCAGUGGCGUCCCCCCCUCCACGACGCCUCUCACUUAAGAGGUUUUCUCUGUUCUCUCGUUUCCCAGAGUUUCGUUCUCCGUCACACGGGGGCAACCUCAACCGCUCGGCGUCCCUGAGCUGCACUGAGCGCGCUCCAGAAAGCGGCUCCGUGGGCGGGAGCAACACUCAGAUCCCGGGCACCCCCUUCCAGCACAUACCAGACUUCUGCGUACGUGCUCUCACAGACCUGCAGUUUGUCAAGAUCACUCGAGCUCAGUACCAGAACGGUCUCCUGGCGUCCCGGCUGGACAGCACGCCGCAGUCUCCAGAGGGCAGCCACGCUCGUCUGGACACGUCUGUCUCUCUGCCCCCCGUGACGCCACCGGGGACGCGGGCUCCGCUGCCGCUGGCCACGCCCCCUGCAAAGCGCCCGCCGUCUAACGCUCAGCCGACGCCGCCGAGCGGCCGCGCUCUGCCCCAAACCACCUCCUCCUCCAGCCGCAGGCCGAGCCAGUCUCUACCCCAAGCCACGCCCCCUCCGAGCAACCACGCCCCCCUCUCCCAGACCCCCCCGUCCUCCAUGAGUACGGCGUCAUGCGCCCUUAACCCCCACCCAGGGCUAUCCCCCAAGCCCCAGCAGUCCCCUCCCUCUGCUGGCCCCGAGAACGGGCCGGGAGAGACCGCCACUCUGCUCAGUGAGCAGCAGAACUGCGUGGGCCCCCGCAGGCCCAGCCACACCCAGGCACACCCCCACCCACACGUUCACACCAUCAGUCACGCGCACACCGAAAGCACCAUCUGACCUGUCCCCGUGGGGAAACGCCCACUGGCACUAGUCCCCGUUUGCUUGUUGUGUCCUGAACCCUCCUGUAGACGUCUGAGGGGAAGCUGAGGAUCGGCUCAUCCUGUGUAUUUUGUAAACAGAGAUCCUCCUUUACCCCCCGCUGCAUGUUCCCCUCCCAACACUGAAAAAGGUUGCGAAUAGAGUAGAAAGAGGGCGGAGGAGGAGGGAACACUAGUGAGUACGGUCGGAAAUGUAGACGGGGUUGUGUGUGUGUGUGUGUGUGUGUGUGUGUGUGUUUUCUUUAAAUGAUCAGUUCACCCAAAUGACAAAAAGACACCUUUUUCUAACCAGGUUUUGGUUUCAUCUGACCAGGCCUCCGGAUUUCUGCCUCCACCCCUGUAGAAUACAGGUGAAUGGGAUUGAAUUUGUGGUUCCCACGGUGUUGAAUUUUUUCAUUUUAAGAGGUGAACGGCAACUUGUCUUCACGGAAACAACUUCCCAGUUACUCACUGUGAAAAUGCUUUUUUUUAACCGAGGAAACAUUGGCUAUUAAGCUGUUGACAGUGACGUCUGUGGACUACCCAGAAUGACUCGGAGCAGGAGCGGAGUGGUGUGCGACUUGUAAAUCGCGCUCACGUCAACUUCCAGGUCGCGGUUGCGAUUUUUUUUUUUUCCGAAGGUUUCUGUAGCAGCAAGUUCCACUUCUCUAACGUGGACGCUGAGCGCGGUCAACCGUGUUCGGUUUGUCGCUUUACUCGCUGUCACACAGUGAUCUCGAUUUUGGCGGCGGUGUUGACGGUUCGAUUGAAAAACGAAUUACAAAGUAAAAGUUAUAUAAAGUAACGCAAAAGGAAAUGACUCAAAAGAUUUCAAAGUAACAGAACAGAUAACUUGUGAUUAAUCUCGUGGUUAUUAUUUCUAUUUCCGCUCAAAGAAAAACUAUUAGGCUCUUGGCUUCUCCCACCUGGACCAGUUACUGGCCAGAAAAACGCGCAUUUGCCUGAAUCCUCUAUUCUGAAGUUUUUUCGGGUAAGGUAGCUUCCAUUGAGGCCACCAGGGGGCGCUGCUCCCUUUAACACACAUCAACCAAAAAAACUGAAUCGCUCUAACAGCCUCGAUGUGUCUUACUUGGCACCUGAUUAUACCAGGGUGCCCGAAAUCCAAACAAAUACGGAUUCCUGGUCUCACGUGGUUAAACCGAAACGUCACGGACGCGGUGUUGUAUCGUCCGACUCUCGACACUGGCGAGUCGCUGACGUGGGAAUCCUUUUGCACCUCUGCCGUCCAUCACAGGUCGGCGCCAUCUGUGAUUUGAGCCCCGCUUAAGUUACUCACUAGCAGUGCGAACAAAAAUCCGCUGACCUCCGUUGUAUUUUGGAGCCAGGUAUCUCAAAACCUGUGCACACACAACUGGAGCUG